CGCUCGGCUCUGACAGCCCUCAUUGGCUCAACCUCCGGCCAAUCACGGCUCGGAAAUGCAAGGUGCCUUUAGGUUAUACCCAACCCCAAAAUAUGAGCGAGAGACGGAGGGAGUGGGGGAGAGACGCAUACUGUAGUGCAGAGGUUCCUCCUGUGAGGCAAGCCUCCAUCUCUCUGGUGUUCCUCCUGCUGGAGUGCACACAUAACCGUGAAUAAAUUACAGGCUCCAUUGCAGCAGACUGACUGCAUAUUGUGUUGCAGUCUGAGCUGCUGUUGCGUCUUCCACCGGCAACAGCUGGCCGAGCCGAGGGAGGACCGGCGUCUUGCGCGGUGGACGAGAGGAGCGGAGCGCGAGAGGAGGCACAGCCUAGGGGCACAAAGUCAGGGCUGUGAUGUUGGAUGUGUUUUUCACACUGACACCGGCGAGCCUGAGAGGUGUGCACUCAAGAUCUGAUUCGCACCAAUAGCCGACCGAGGAGAAGACGAGUCAAGCGGGAAGACAACGUGGGAAAUAAGAAGUGGAAGGAUACAUGAUGAUCUUGGGAAGUGUAAACCGACCAGGGCCGGUCCCUGCCUUCCUCAGAAGCCCACCUGUCAUCCCGUCUCCGCUGGACAUGAAACCUUUCCUCCAGUUUCCUCUGGAGUCGCCUCACCCGGCCAGCAUCGGCCUCUUCCACAACUUUAACACAAUGGACCCCGUCCAGAAAGCUGUGAUGACGCACACCUUCGGGCCACCUAUAGUGAAGACAAAGCGGCCGAUCAUCUCCUGCAAUGUUUGCCAGAUACGCUUCAACUCAGAGAGCCAGGCAGAGGCCCACUAUAAGGGGAACCGCCACGCUCGAAGGGUGAAGGGAAUUGAGACGUCCAAGACGACCCGUCUCCAAGAUGGCGACAAGCAGCAGCCCGUGCCUCCCGCCUCCCCGCCGGGGCCCGUGGCGUCCAGCCCCGAGCCUGAUCCCAAUCAUAACUACCAGGAUGAUGCUCAAUCCUGCUCCAACUCUAAAGAGUUACCUUUGACCCCCAGCUGCCUUCCGACCCCCUCGAUGAGCUCAGCGGACACCGAGUGUCCGCUCUUGCCUUCCGGCAGCACGCCUCUGCCGUCCUCUCCCUCCCCCGCCGCCGUCCUCGGCGCCCCGCCGGCGGACCCGUCGGCGGCCGCUCUCCCCGACACCCCGUCCCCGGCGCCCAGCCCGUCGUCCGGAGAGUCAGAGGAGGAGAAAGCCAAGAAACUGCUGUACUGCUCUCUGUGCAAAGUAGCUGUUAAUUCCCUCUCUCAACUGGAGGCACAUAACAAAGGUACCAAACACAAAACUAUUCUCGAGGCUCGAAGUGGUCUGGGACCGAUCAAGGCUUAUCCACGCCUGGUCCCGAAGCCCAGCUCUGAGCAGGGAGGGGAGAUGUCCUCUGACCCCAACACUCAGGAACGCACCUUCCACUGUGAGAUCUGCAAUGUCAGAGUCAACUCUGAGCUGCAACUCAAACAGCAUAUAUCUAGUCGGAGGCAUCGGGAUGGAGUUGCAGGAAAACCGAACCCUCUGCUCAGUCGGCACAAGAAGCGCACAGACUUCAUGGAACUUCCAAAAACUCUGGGGGCUGGACUUUUACCGAGUCCUCUGGCUGUUGCAGCCGCGAUGGCGGCGGCGGCCUCCUCAAAUCAGCUGUCACUCCGUCCCCCGGGCCCGACCUCCCACCCGCACCCCCACCACCACCACCUCCUACAGGGAACACCCCUGAGCCUGCUGAGGCCGGCCCCGGGCCCCAUCCGCACCACACACGGGCCAAUCCUCUUCACUCCUUACUAAUGGUGACAGAACGAGGCCGAAUCAGGAAGAAGCACACUGUGAAUUGGAGAUUGGCAACCAUGUGCCAUCAAGAGCCAAAUCAGCUGGUCUGGCUCCAGCUGGUGUUUCGUCAUCGUAGAAAACACUGAACAUAAGUAUGACUCUUCAUGGUGCAUUGUGUUGAAAUGUUAUGUUUCCUUCCUCUCCAGUUUUCCCGUCAUCACUUUACUCUGUGUGGACUGACUUCGCAGGUCUGUUUGAAGAGGAACUUGCAAAAACAAGUUUCCGUAAAGCGCGGAUUUCUUUGAGCAUCAGUCUGAAACGGACUCGGUGUCUUCAUCUCAAAACCCUACCUCUUUUAUGUUCUCAAUGUUCAUCUCUGCAAGGAUUCAUGACGGCGUCACUCGUAUCAGCUACGCCCACGGGGGUUAAAUAUCGUAGUUACCUCUGGUGUUAGCUGCUGUUUAGUGGAGAGGACCACUAAAAGUUCUGCAUUUGUGGCCUGUGAAGUGAAAUAAUACCCAAGACGCCCAUGUCCGUAUCACUUCUGCAAUUUGUAGGUACCAUAGCGCCGAACGACUGUCCAGGUUUUUUCAGUGCAGGCAGAUACGGUCAAUAUUUAACUCAGACACAGGGAGUCAAAGAGGAAAAGGAAAUGGUGUGCAAAAUACUCUACGUCUUAAAGCUGAAGCGAUGUGCACGUCAACCGCAUUUACGGUCUGUCAAAUGCUGAGUUGUUGUGGGGGGAAAAAGAAAAGCUAGGAGGGAACUGGUGCACUAUGCAGCUAUCAGUGUUUGUUCUCAUCGUCUGUGUACAGUACAAUAAGGUUUGAGAAAACUCUUAAGUGGAAAAUAAGUCUAUGUUUUAUGAUGCAAACCAAUCAAGGUGUUUCCCUGUUGAAUGCCUGGAUCGAACCCGAAUUACCAACAACAGCAGUCAAGUGGGAAGAAAGUCAAAGCACAGAACUUUAAUUCUCUGAUGAGAAUCUCGAUGUAAGCAUCCUUGUUGCAUUUUUAAAAUACCGCUCUCUGGUUUUGUUUCAUUCGCACCACACUGCGCUAAAUAAAGAUAUCUCAGCGUCUUAAUGGAAGCAUUUCAACACUGUGAGCACAGCAGGACAGCAACCAACUCAUGGCUUUAGUUGCAGGUAAUAUUUCCACAUGAAGACGACCACAUUUCUCCACAGUCCGGUAAGAGACCGUGGAAACCGUGGGAUGAAAGACACCAGCAUCACGCUAUCGAGGGGAAACAAAAGGACCACAUACACAGAUGAGUAGUUGUAUGCAAUGCAAAACAAAAAAAAUAAUAAAUAAAAAAAAAAAAAACAUUUUUGAUAGUGUUUUAGGUCUGUUGUGGAAUUUAAAAAAAAAUGUUUAGUUUGUCUGCUCUGCCUUGUGUACUCCGACCCUACAACAUCACCCAGAGUAAACCAGUGAAACCCGUCACAACGACUUGUGAAACCUUAGAGGGAAGCUUUAGGAAACAGAAACUGUAGCAAUACUUUAAGCACUUCUGAAAACUUUACUUGUUGACUGCAAUAAAAAAGAAAAUGUCUACAAAUGUACUAAAUGUUAUGUAGGAGAAGUGUAUUGAAAAUUUAUUGUAAAUGUAGAUUAUUAAAACUGGAGAAAAUGUUCGGGCUUCCUAAUUAUAUAUGAAACCAUUAAAGUGAAUUUAUGGUUGUAAAAAAA